AACAUUAGAGGCGUAGAAGAAGAGCGGAGUAAAGAUGGCGGCGCAUGACGGAGCUGAUGUAAACAGUGUUUACAGUCAAUGACAGAAGCUCAGCCUUGAACCUGGUCCGCGUUUAGCUCCGCGUUUAGCUGCGUCCUGCCCGGAGGAUGGCUCACCGGUACCUGCGCCUGUCGGCCCGCUGCAGGGGCCUGUUCCGGCCGCUCCAGUCCUCCGCUCCGGCCAGGACGGUGAUGUCCUCUAAUGCGCUGAGACAGGUGGACAGAGGACAGAACCUGCUGAGAGACUUGCUGCAGUCCUACAGGUGUCUCAGCUCCAGACCCCCCAAAGGGUUCGAAAAAUAUUUUCCAGACGCUCAAAAAAAAAACUCUGAAGCUGAAGCCAAAGAAUCUAAACCUGCCAACACUCAAAGAGCAUCAGGAGAAGGAGGAGGAGGAGGAGGUGAAGGAGGAGGAGGAGGAGGAGGAGGAGGAGUUGGAGCAGGAGGAGGAGGAAAGCAUGGUGGUCGUAAGGAGUCUAACUGGCACAGCCGCCUGCAGAAGGGGGACGUCCCGUGGGACAACAGGGAGUUCUGGAUCUACGUGCUGAGCGGCUUGGCCUUCUCCAUCACAUUCACCUACUUCCUCUUCAGGGACAGAGGACGGGAGGUCACCUGGAAAGACUUCGUCAACAACUACCUGUCCAAAGGAGUGGUGGACCGGCUGGAGGUCAUGAACAAGCGCUACGUGAAGGUGGUGUUCUCUGCGGGGAAGACGCCGAUGGACGGGCAGUACGUCUGGUUCAACAUCGGCAGCGUGGACACGUUCGAGAGGAACCUGGAGACGGCGCAGUACGAGCUCGGCAUCGAGGGGGAGAACCGGGUUCCGGUGGUUUACUCCGCGGAGAGCGACGGCACCUUCCUACUGAGCAUGCUCCCCACCGUGCUCAUCAUCAGCUUCCUGCUGUUCAUGCUGCGGAGGGGGCCGGCAGGGGGGGGGCGCCCCGGCAGGGGCAUGGGGGGGCUGUUCAGCGUCAGCGAGACCACCGCCAAGAUCCUGAAGGACGAGAUCGAUGUGAAGUUCAAAGACGUGGCGGGAUGCGAGGAGGCCAAGCUGGAGAUCAUGGAGUUCGUCAACUUCCUAAAGAAUCCGAAACAGUACCAGGACCUGGGGGCCAAGAUCCCUAAGGGGGUUGUGCUGGGGCCUUCUGGUACCGGCCCCCCAGGGACGGGGAAGACGCUCCUGGCCAAGGCCACGGCCGGCGAGGCCAACGUGCCGUUCAUCACCGUCAACGGCUCCGAGUUCCUGGAGAUGUUUGUGGGCGUCGGCCCCGCCAGGGUCAGAGAUCUGUUCGUGAUGGCGAGGAAGAACGCGCCCUGCAUCCUGUUCAUCGACGAGAUCGACGCCGUCGGGCGCAAGAGAGGACGGGGGAACUUUGGGGGACAGAGCGAGCAGGAGAACACCCUGAACCAGCUGCUGGUGGAGAUGGACGGGUUCAACACCGCCACCAACGUGGUGGUUCUGGCCGGAACCAACAGACCGGACAUCCUGGACCCGGCUCUGAUGAGACCGGGACGCUUCGACAGGCAGAUCUACAUCGGUCCCCCAGACAUCAAGGGACGGGCGUCCAUCUUUAAAGUCCACCUGCGUCCUCUGAAGCUGGAGGCUGAGAUGGACAAGGACGCUCUGGCCAAGAAGAUGGCCGCCCUCACACCUGGAUUCUCAGGUGCCGACAUCGCCAACGUUUGUAACGAGGCGGCUCUGAUCGCCGCCCGCCAUCUUUCAGACGCCAUAAACCAGAAACACUUUGAGCAGGCCAUCGAGAGAGUCAUCGGAGGUCUGGAGAAGAAGACCCAGGUUCUGCAGCCGGAGGAGAAGAAGACGGUGGCGUACCACGAGGCGGGUCACGCUGUGGCCGGAUGGUUCCUGGAACAUGCCGACCCUCUGCUGAAGGUGUCCAUCAUCCCCAGGGGGCGGGGCCUGGGCUACGCUCAGUACCUGCCCAGGGAGCAGUACCUGUACACCAAGGAGCAGCUGAUGGACCGGAUGUGUAUGACUCUGGGGGGACGCGUCUCUGAGGAGAUCUUCUUCAGCCGCAUCACCACCGGCGCCCAGGACGACCUGAGGAAGGUCACGCAGAGCGCCUACGCCCAGAUCGUCCAGUUCGGGAUGAACGCUAAGGUGGGCCAGGUGUCCUUCGACCUGCCCCGCCAGGGUGAGAUGGUUCUGGAGAAGCCGUACAGCGAAGCCACGGCCCGACUCAUCGACUCCGAGGUCCGGACCCUGAUCAGCGAGGCCUACCUCAGAACCCAGACGCUGCUGACGGACAAGAAGGCCGAGGUGGAGAAGGUGGCCCAGCGGCUCCUGGAGAAGGAGGUCCUGGAUAAGAGCGACAUGGUGGAGCUGCUGGGGAAGCGGCCGUUUGCCGAGAAGUCAACGUACGAGGAGUUUGUGGAGGGGACGGGCGGCGAGGACGAGGACACAACGCUACCGGAGGGACUGAAGGACUGGAACCAGGACCGGAGGGACCGGACGGACCGGGACGAGAGCCCAGACGAGCAGGUGGCCCGGCAGAUCUCUGGAGGGAUGCCCUUCUAGACCCGUAGACCCAGAACCAUCAGCACCCGCUGCUCCAUCAGUUACUGGUCUGACUCCUCGAUGUAAACAUGUAAGAUGAUGUGAACGAAAUAAACUGUCUGUGUUCAAAUAAAGAUUAAAUUAAACAAGGUUAA